GAGUUUUGUUGCGUUUACUGAGGGGGCGCGUGAGCGUGGUGGAAAUGGUAGCAAGAUGGCGGCGCUGAAGGAGGAGCAGUGCUACGGACUGUCCUGUGGAAGAGUGAGCAAUGGCAGCAACGUCUCGGUCUUUCACGUUAAACUUACUGACAGCGCCUUGAGAGCCUUCGAGGCCUAUCAGACCAACAAGGGACUGUCGACUCAGCCCUCCAUCCGCUUCACUGGAAACCAAGGGAAAAUCUCAAUACCGCGAUCAGAAAACGCCAAUGAGGUGCGAACGUUUACCUUCUACCUGUCCAACGUGGGGCGGGACAACCCCCAGGGCAGCUUCGACUGCAUCCAGCAGUACGUCACCAGCGAGGGCAGCAUCCAGCUGGACUGCCUGGGCGGGAUCCAGGACAAGAUCACGGUGUGCGCCACCGACGACUCGUACCAGAAGGCCCGGCAGAGCAUGGCGCAGGCCGAGGAGGAGACCCGCAGCCGGGGGGCCAUCGUCAUCAAGCCCGGGGGCCGAUACGUGGGUAAGAAGGUCCAGAUCCGGAAACCGGCUCCUGGCCUGUCGGACAUCGCCCCCUCGCGGAGGACCUCCCGCCCCGUCAUCAUCUCCAGCACCAUGAAGAAGGGCGGGAGCGGGGUGCAGCAGCGCCCCCUGCGGGACCGGCUGACCCACCUGCUGGCCCUCAAGCCCUUCAGGAAGCCGGAGCUCAUCCUCCGGCUGCAGAAGGACGGGCUCUCCCCCCACGACAAGGACACGCUGGACAGCCUCCUGCAACAGGUGGCUAACCUGAACGCCAGGGACAACACCUUCACGCUGAAGGACUGCAUGUUUAAGGACGUGCAGAAGGACUGGCCGGGCUACUCUGAGGGGGAUCAGCAGCUGCUGAAGAGGAUCCUGGUCCGGAAACUGUGCCAGAACGCCCCGCCCGCCCCUGAAGAGAAGCCAGUCAGCCCCCCGAAAGAGCUGGCCAGCGCCUCCCCACCGCAGAAACGGCCGGCGCAGGAGUUCAUCGACCCGCUGGCCAAUAAGAAGCCCAGGAUAUCGCACAUGGCCAGCAAAUCGUCCGGCCCCGUCAACGGCAAGCUGAGCUCGUCCAACGGGAGGCCGGCGGGCGGGGUCCAGGUGUCGGGGCUGGCGGGGGACAGCGUGACGUCCAGCUCCCUGCUGCCCCUGCCCCUGCCCCUGCCCCUGCCCCUGCUGGAGAUCCCGCGACCGUUCGACCCCCUGUCGGACGUCAGCAACGACUCCAGCCACAACGGGCGCGACUGCGAGGGCCAGGAGUCGGGCGUGGCCGAGCGGCUCAGCCAGCCCGCCUCCGUCGCCUCGGGCCCCGCCCCCAACCCGCUCUCCAGCCUGGGCUCCGCCCCCUCGUCCUCCGCCUCCCCGCCCCGCCCCGGCCUCAGCGGGGCCGCGCCCGACGCCCCCCCCCCCGCCUCCGGCCCCGCCCCCGCCCCCGCCUCGCUCCACGGCAAGACCAAGAAGAAGUCCAAGAAGCACAAAGACAAGGAGAAGCCCCGGGAGAAGGAGAGGGAGAGGGAGCGCGAGCGGGAGAGGAAAGGGGGCGACGAACGAGGGGCGGAGCCCAAGAAGGCCUGCGAGCUGGCGAUUGGCUCAGGCAGCUUGAAUAGCAGUAUUCCCCAGGGGAGCUCAGAUCUCAACGGGAUGUGCAACAACUCUAGUAUUCUGACGUCAUCCUCGGAGGUGGCGGACUAUUUAACGAAGUACACGGAGAUCGCGUCGCAGGAGCAGCGGCAGACCUACAAGAACGACUUCAACGCCGAGUACAGCGAGUACCGGGGCCUGCACGCCCGCAUCGAGGGCAUCACCCGCCAGUUCACCGUGCUCGACUCCGAGCUCAAGCAGCUCCCGCAAGGCACCGACAAGUACAAGACGAUUCACAAUCAGAUACUACAGGAGUAUCGCAAAAUAAAAAAGACUAAUCCCAACUACAGCCAGGAGAAAAACCGCUGUGAAUAUCUGCACAACAAACUGGCUCACAUAAAGAAACUCAUAGCAGAAUACGAUCAACAGCAACUGCAGAGCUGGCACUAAUGCCACACUUUCCUUUUUUUUUUUCUUUUUUUUUUUUGUUGUUUGGAAACCAGACAGGAAAAAAAAAAAAAAAAAAAAAAAAAAGUCUGGAUUCUGCUUGCUCCAAAAGUUCUUAUCAAAGAUGACACCAAGGGAGAAUUGAUCCCCCCCCCCCCCCUCCCCCAUUGGGGCCAAAAGCACUAGUGAUGACUAAGCAGACUGUGCCCCCCCUCCCUCUCCCUUUAAGACAUGGCUCCAGCUCCUCAAGCGGCCAUGUUGAAUUGAGCCCUGUGUGCUGUUCUUGCGCCCCGCUCCCCCGUCAGGUGGAACCGGAUAAUCCGCAUUCUUUCCUGGAUCUCCCGAAACUUUCUGUGAAUGGGGCGGGGAGAA